UUUCCAUCUUUGGGAACGAAAGAAGACAAGAGAAUAGCUAAACAUCUGGCGUGGCUCCACCUCGCCUAGGAAAUACCGAAAAUGGAACAUAAUAGAUGUAUAUGUCAAGUGUUUAGAACAGAACAGCAGAGAAAAACGCACCCCUAAGAACAAACUUCUACAUAGCCAAAGAAACCUUAAUUCCUGUUGAAAUUCAUUGCCUUGUUCCGAUCGUGGAAUAUGUUCUCCAAAUAGGUUGAUGUUGUCGAAGUGCAGUAUGUUUAACUAUUGAUCACCAAGCCGUUUACAGAUAUUGUGCCUUCUAAAUUUCUACUUAUUAAUGUACUUACUUUUCUUAAAAACAGUUUAAAGAAAGAACAAACUUGUAAUGCAGACCAACUAGAAGGAUGGAGUGUCUUCCUCAGGAUGUUGUCCUUGACAUACUAUCUAGGCUUCCUAUAACAUCUUUGGUGCAAUCAAAGUCUGUAUGCCGUUCGUGGAGAAGCAUAAUACAAGGCUCACUACUUGCUAAUAAGCAUUUAUCACACAUGUCUGAUUAUGAUCCAGGCAUCAUCUUUCAAAGUCACUGGCCCAGCCAAAACCAGUACUACUUUGUAGAUUUUGCUGCUUACCCUGAAGGAAACAAAAUCUUAAAGAAAAUUUCAUUUUCAACAAAGCAUGCUAAUUUGGUAGGUUCGUGUAAUGGCCUGCUAUGCUUCUGCAAUGCUUCACAAAUCCACAUUUGCAAUCCUUUAACCAAGGAUUCGAUAGAGCUGCCAAAAUUGUUGAAGGGUCCAGGAGAAGUGGGAAUUUUAGGAUUUGGUUUCAGUCCAACCACAAAAGAAUAUAAACUGAUUGAGAUAGUUUAUCAAAGAAAAAGGCCUGGAGUCUGGUCCCAUGUUGCUGUGUCUAAUCCAUUUCAAGCUGAGGUUCGAAUUUUAACUCUUGGUGGCUCCAGAUGGAGAAGUUUAGGGAUGGUACCUUACAGAUUUAUUCGGCAACCAUCACAAGUUAUGGUCAGUGGGAGACUUCAUUGGAGAUCUCAACUUGGAAAAUACAAUAUUGAUAACCAGCUCAUAUCGUUUGAUUUAGCAGCUGAGACAUUCCAGGAGGUCUCUAAGCCUGAUUGCAGGAGCUUUAACAGGGGUUUUUAUGAACUGAUUAAUCUUCAAGGUCAUCUCUCUGCAGCCGCUUCCAAUGCUAGUGGGGGAUUAGAGAUUUGGGUUAUGAAGGAAUAUAAUAUUAAAGAGUCUUGGAUCAAAGAAUUUAGCAUUGGAGGUUACCUGCCAAAAGAAUUACAACGGAUCAAUGCAAGGAUCCAUUCCCCUAGAUCAGUUUUUCGAGCCAUAUGCCGGUUCAGAAGUGGUGAGAUCUUACUAGAGCAUAGAAGCAAAGCACUUGUUCUCUAUGAUCCGGUGCAUGAAACGUUCAAGGAUCUUACAUUUGAAGGAGCCCCGAACUGGUUUAAAAUGGUUGUUCAUGUUGGCAGCCUCAUUAGUAUCUAGGUACUAACAUAACAAAGAAACUGUUGUUUUCUGUGAGUUUUCUUCUUGUUGAAACUAAACUUUGCUUUUCCUAUAAUCUGUACUGCCUUUUAAAUGGUUGUUAAACUAAGGAGUUUUCUUGCAGUCUUUAUUUUCUAGGAUUA